AUGACCACCUUCAACAUCACCAUCAUCUCAGACACCGUCUGCCCCUUCUGCUACCUCGGCCGCGCCCGCCUCUCCCGCGCCAUAGCCCUCUACCGAAAGACGGUCCCUCAAGGAUCCUCAUCAACAUUCAACAUCACCUGGCACGCCUACCGUCUGGACCUCAACCCCCCCACCUCGUCCAUCCUCGUGACAGACGUGGCGGCCAAGAAAUUCGGCGCAGAUAGGCUCGUUGCGAAGCGGGAGCGGAUGAAGCAGCUCGGUGCGCAGGAGGGCUUUAAUUUCACGUUUAACGGACGGAUCGGGAAUACGCGGGACUCGCAUCGUGUGAUUCAGCUAGGGAGGACGAAGGGGGCGGAGGUGGAGGAUCGUGUGGCGAUGGCUGUGAUGGGGAUGUUUUUUGAAGAGGACGGUGAUAUUACGAGUUGGGAUGAUUUGGGGAGGGCGGCGGAGAGGGCGGGCAUUGCGGCAUGGGAGACGAGGGCUUGGUUGGAGGGGGAGGGGGGUGGUGAGGUUGUUGAUAGGGAGGUUGAGGAGGCGUAUGCGAGGGGAUUCAAGGGUGUGCCGACGUUUGUUAUCAAUGAGAAGUAUGUGGUUGAUGGGGCGGCGGAUGUGUCUGAUUUUUUGGAGCAGUUUGUGCUGGCGAGGGAUGAGAGUGCAGAGAUUGGUGAUUCGGGCUCUGGUGAUAAGUGUGUUGAUGGGGUUUGCGCAGUGUAA